AUGCUUUCUUCUGUAGCAAAACUAACUGCUUGUACUUUUGUUAUCGGAGCUGGUGUUUUCCAAGUAUUCUCGAAAGGUUAUUCAGUAUUAUUUCGCCUUUAUUCCCGCUUUACAGGCAGCAAGUUUAAACAGAUUGAUGACUUUUUUGUCAACUCCAGCUUUUCGGCAGGUCAGAUUUCUGCUGCCUUGCUUGGAGGCUUUUACAGUUAUGAUGGUUGGGAUAUUCUAAAUUGGGGUGUUGAGGAAAUUAAGAGCCCUGAAAGAGUAAUGCCAUUCGCAAUCAUUGGUGGCAUGUCUCUAGUUGCUUUACUUUACACAUCAAUGAAUUGUGCUUAUUUUACUUUACUUACAGCUGAUGAAAUGAAAGUUUCUAAUGCUACGUUUAUUGAACGUAUUAUUGGUAAAAGUUUAGCUAAUUGGACAGUUCCAUUGCUAAUUAAUUUGGUAUUACUUGGUUCAAUCAACGGUACUAUGUUUAUUGCAAGCAGAUACUUGUUUGCGGCAUCACGUGAACGCCAUUUACCAGCGUUCCUUGCGUGUGUAAACGAGAAAAAUGAAAGUCCAAGAUCGGCACUUUUAGUUCACGUAUUAUUAGCAUUCAUAUUCUCAUUUGCUGGCAAUAUAGAGCAACUAAUUGUUUCAAUGGGUUUUGCCCAAUUACUACAACGUUGCUUUACUUUAUCCGCUCUCCUUUAUAUUCGCUUCUAUAGAUUAGGAUUAAAUACCGAAGACAAUGAAAUAAUUAAAACCCCAAUAAUUUUGCCAAUACUUUUCUUAAUUAUUUGUAUUGUGCUCGUUUCUAUUAUUAUUUUACAAAAAUUCUCUGAUGCCUAUAUUGCUUUAAUUGUUUUGGCAGUUGCUGCAAUUAUUUAUUUGCUAUUUUUGUGGGAUAAAGGAUUAAGGAGAUUCGAAUUUUAUAGAAUAAUGUCAGAACAAGUAAAUGGUUGGUUUCUAAUUUGGAUUAUUGGAUUUUCGAUCAACUCCCCUUCUUCGAAUUCCCCACUCUCGAAUAAUUUCCCAACCCAAGGAUAUUUUGUAAUAUUAAUUCCUUUCGGAACUAAUUUUUAA